GCGUGGCAGUUAUACGGCGUGUAAAGUGUGCAGCAGCUCGCCGCUCCGCUGCAGGUAGGUACGGGACAGAUAAGCGGUGAAUUCGAACCUAGCAGCACGGCGUUUCCUUAAACCUGCUAUUUUACCGGCAACAGUCCGUUUCCCAGCUCUUUGUUAUCACCGAGGAGCAGCACUUUGCCAUGGCCGAGUGGCCAACUUGUUGAUGUUGUCGCACUUGUUUCGUUUUUCAUUCAGGAAUGUGAAGAUGCCAGAUUCUUUCAGCACCAUCCCCACAGAAGCCCUCAACUCAAAAACUUCCUUAGUGGACCUGCUCUCACACCCUACAGAGCUUUACCCAGCAGACAGCUUCAUUAACGCUCUCAGUAACAUCAGCAGUGUUAGUGGGGCGGUUAACCCUCGCUGCACCUACAAGGAAGACUUUAAGCGCAUUUUACUUCCUGCUGUGUACACCAUCGUCUUCCUGCUUGGGAUUCCUCUGAAUGCCACCGUCAUACUGAAGAUAUGGAGGAAGAGGUCCAAUUUGUCCAGAAACAACAUCUACAUGCUCAACUUGGCCAUAGCCGACUUUCUGUAUGUGAUGUCACUUCCUUUACUCAUCUACAACUAUGCGAGUCAUGACUACUGGCCCUUUGGGGAGUUUACCUGUAAGAUGGUCAGGUUUCAGUUCUACAGUAAUCUCCAUGGCAGCAUCCUGUUCCUGACCUGCAUCAGUGUGCAGCGUUAUUUGGCCAUUUGCCACCCUCUCUCGGUGUGGCACAAGCAGGGCGGUCGCAAGAUGGUGUGGUGCGUCUGCGGAUUAGUAUGGCUGGUGGUUGGCUCCCUGUGCGCGCCAACUUUCCACUUUGCAGCAACAGGGCAACAGCGCAACCGCACCGUGUGCUACGAUUUGAGCACGCCAGGGCGCUCGGUAGACUACUAUCCUUACGGCAUGGCUCUGACGUGCCUCGGCUUCUUGCUGCCUUUCAUAGGCGUGAUGGUUUGCUACUGCAAGAUGGCCUUCAUCCUCUGCCGCCCAGUGUCCUACCAGGGCGUCUCCAUAGCGCCUGGGGAUAAACGAGACAGGGCGGUGAGGAUGAUCAUUAUUGUAGCCGCGGUGUUCUGCGUAAGCUUCCUCCCGUUUCACCUCACAAAGACUCUGUACCUGGUGGUGCGCACCUUGCCCAAUGCUCCCUGCACAACAAGAAACUUGUUCUCAAUCAUCUAUAAGAGCACCAGACCGUUUGCCAGCAUGAACAGCUUUCUGGACCCGAUUCUGUUUUACUUCACGCAACCACGCUACCGCCGGAGCACCAGGAGGUUCGUGCGCAGAGUCACCACUCUAAAGAGCCAAGGCAGCAGCGUGUGAGCGAACAGUGCUCCUUGAAGCCUUGUUAAGAUUUAAAACACAGAGAUGGAUUCGUUUUCUAACCUUGUUUUUCUGAAGUUCCUUCUCUUAUUACAGUAAACUGUUGUCCUUGAGGCUUUCAGCUAUUAGUGACUAAAAAAUGUGUUUAAUAACAGUCUGAAGAAGCCAUCUGAAGUGCCCUAUAAAGACUCAAUGCAGUGUGAAUGGAAAAUGUUGACAAUGUCCUGCUUGCAUUGUUUUGAACUGGGAAUUAUUAUCACACUGACUGUGAGUGUAUUUGAUUGUGCGAAUUCAUAGAUUUUGGUUUAUAACUCUGGAUGGGGAAUACUGUAAUCCUCUAAUGAAAAUGUCCUGCACUGUACAUAAGUGAUGUUUACUUUCAAACUCCACUGCACUGCUUUUUUUUUUUCUGAAAUCCCCCUUUUUUUGCAUUGUUUAACACACUGUGACGUGUACUUUAAAUUGAAACUACUGAAUUAUUGGGGAAUUUUAGUAUCUAUGCGAGGUGUUACGAUAGAGAUGCAUCGUGCUGGAAUGAGAUGCAGUUGAGGAAAGGAGAAAAUAGUUCAUUUGAACUUGCUAGGCUAAAAUCCUCUCUGGCACUGUUUUUUGGUGGUGCUUAUGCUUGCAUGUUGAAUCUGCACUAGUCUGAGGAAAGGAACUGAAAGGUGGGGUUGGGGGUAUACUUUGCAAACAGAGGCUGCAAAAAACAGAAGUUUAUGUUCACUGAUUUAAAAGUGGAGUAUUAUGCGUUCCAAUGAAGGUCUGUAGCUCUGUUUUUCCUUGAAAGUGAUGCGUUUCUACAUUAUCCAUGUCGUAAUAGGUGCUGUUGCGGGUUUUAACCACUGGAUGGUGUGCGCACGCCACUGCUGUAGCCCCACUGCCUCUGUCAUAAUAGGUUGGGGGUUUUUUUGCCUGUCCCGUUUGGAUCUUUAGCCAUCAGAAUUGUUGUCUGAAGGCCAAGAAAGAUGCCAAGCAGAUUUACUUUACCGAAUGGAGCAUCUGUCAUAAUAGUAGUGAUGUUAGCAUGUAUCAGAUCUUACAGUCACAAAUAAAACAUUGUCAAGAAAACCGUUAAAUGUGCAGCUCACAGCGCGCUGACAUAGGCCGUCAGUUGCUGACUGAUCUUUGUCUUGUACUUAUAAAUUCUGCAGCAAAUGAAGGAAAUCAGUUUAAAUUAUAUGUUUAAUUCAGUUAUUUUUUUAAAAGUCAUUUAAAGGUAAAGAUAGAGGCAGAUUGUGGAGUUAAGGGCAUUAAAUUAACUCUGUGGUUUUUUAUGAGUGUGUGAAUCUUUUCAGUCUAACUGGGAUUCCUGUACAUAUGAAAUGUUUAGUACUUAGCACUGCUUUGACGUGAUUUAGCUGUAUGACGUAGGUUGUCAGCUGCGUGAUCUGGUGACUUAAAAUGUUCAUGAAAUGAACAUAAAUGUAGAUGGCAUAUGCCUGCAUGUACAUAUGUGUACUUUGAUGUUUACUGUAAAAAUGUGCCCUGUGUUUUACAUGUCAUACCUGCCUUUCAUAGUGAGCACCUUUGUCAUGUUUUUAAACAGUGAGUCUUUGCCCUGUGACGAGCUCUUGACAAACAAUGCACUUACCGUGGAGUGAAAUAAACGUGAUUAAUAAUUUUGUGACAUUCGUGUUAACCAGAAGAUUUCAGAGUAGCCAAACUCAUAUGUUACACUAGACUGUGCCAGCUUGAGACCAGUAUGUUGUUAAAUUCUGAAAUGACAAUGUGAAAAACGGCUUUCAACUCGUAUUGCUCUGAAGCUCCUGUAACAGGUUAACACUUUAAGUAUUUGUUGUAUGUGUCAGUCUAAUGUGAAUGUGCAGCUUUGAGGUAUGAGGUGGUGAUGUGCUUCAGUUUCCUAAUGUGUGCUCAUGUGUAUCUGUGCAUAGUAACAAUAGUCAUGUAAUAUGUGUGUGUUGUACUUUAGAAAAAGUGAAUGUCACAGUCAUCUAUCAUCUAUUGAGACCCAGACGUCAGUAUUAGUUAGAAGAGUUAUUUUUAUCAAAUUCCCUAACAAAUGAAUAAUGGGAAUGGUCUUUUAUUUUUAUAGACAUGUAAUUAUGUUGAUAGAAAAACUAAAACUGAAGGGUUUUUUGUUUUUUUUUUUGCUGUACAGAUGCUUAAUUUUCUGUGUUGUGUUUCUGAUUGUUGCCAUGUCGUACUAACUGAAACUAUUAAAAGCCAUGAAAAACA